UCUAGUAGGUUGUUUUUACAACAAAUACCAAAUUUAUAGAUGCCACCAAAUGCGCAAGCAGCAACAGCAGCUGGAGCAACAGAAGUACGGUCAACGCUGUCUCUGGCCGCCGACGAGGUUUACCAGGAACGUUGGUAUUCGACUUUGGGUCAGAUUGCAGUGCCAUUUCUUCUAGCUAGCAUUGGCGUCGUUACGGCAGGCUUGGUUAUGGGGCAUGUGGAGGAUUGGAGGGUGUAUAGAGAAAUGAACGAGCUCUUUGUAUUGGUGCCGGCGCUGUGCGGUCUCAAGGGUAAUCUGGACAUGUGUGUGGCAUCACGCUUCUCCACGCAGUCUAACAUUGGCAAUCUGCAAGACUGCAAAGUCAUACGCCAGUUGGUGAUUGGAAAUUUAGCCUUGGUGCAAGUGCAGGCAAUUGUCUGCUCUAUGCUCCUUGUGGUGUUUACAGUGUGUGUUAGUUCCAUUAUUGCACAACAGCCGGAGUUUAAGAAUUUCUCGAUAUUGGCGGCCGCAGCGUUGGUUACUUCAACCACCUCGUGCUUAGUAUUGGAUUCAAUACUGAUGCUGGUCAUAUUGUUCUCACAACGCUAUCGAUUCAAUCCGGACUAUAUGGCCACGCCCAUUGUAGCCUCCAUAGGCGAUGUCAUAUCCAUAAGUCUGCUCUCUUUUACAGCUGCUCAACUGCAUGACCUUGACAGGUCCUACUUGUGGAUCAGCAUUGUGAUCAUGUGCUUGUAUCUAUUGUUGCUGCUACCCCUUUGGGUUAUCUUGGUGCUGAAGAACUUGUAUACACGCAAAGUGCUCGCCUAUGGCUGGAUACCUGUUAUUGGUGCCUUGUGCAUCAGUCAAGUUGGAGGCUUUGUGCUAAGCUCCUCUGUAACUCAAUUUCCUAGCUUUGCUGUCUAUUCACCCAUCAUCAAUGGCAUUGGGGGCAAUCUAGUGUGUGUGCAGGCCAGCAAUAUGGGCUCACUGCUCUAUCAAAGCUCCAAGCCCGGUACAAUGCCCGAAGGUAGUUUCGCGCAUACUUAUCUGCAUUUCUAUACCGGGCAAUGUAUUAUUAGUUUACAGUGCCGAUUUUCUCUACACCAACUACAUAUCCGUUAAAUGGGGCUUUGUACUUGGAUUUGUCAUCACCAGCUUGGUGCUGCUGUUUAUUCUCCUCUGGGUUGCACAUAUAUUGGUGCACUUCUUCUGGCAUAUAAAAGCUGAUCCGGAUAGCUGUGCAAUUCCUUAUCUGACCGCAUUAUGUGAUAGCAUGGGCACAGGCUUUUUAGCGAUUAUGUUUACUGUUUUACGCAAAACCAAGCAUAGUUAUGAUUCUAAAACACUGUCAAAUGAUUAAAUAAA